UGCCUCGAAGCGGUAUGGCGUUUGGUCUUCGAUUUCCUCUACGGCGGCGGGACUGUCAGAAUCGACCUCGCAACAUUAUGGCCGCGAACAAGAACGCUCCGGCUUUAGCUACCAGAAAAACUACCAGAACUCCAAUCCCCACAGAGCCUCCCCAGGGGAAGUGGCGCGAGCAGAUGGAGGGGAUAAGAUCCACGCGGAGGUCGCGGGACGCGGCUGUUGAUUUCGCAGGGGCAGGGGCUUUGAGAGAUUCAAGCGCAGGCAGUGAAGACGACGUACGGUUCCAGGUGUUGAUGUCUGCGAUGCUCUCCAGCCAGACGAAGGACCCCGUCACCGCGGCCGGCUUGAACCGGAUGAGACAGGCGUGCGCGCCAGCUCCCUUGGGAGCAGCUGCUCUUCUCGCAACUGGCAUGGACGAGGACGCGCUGACGGAGCUACUCCAUCCCGUCAGUUUCAAGAAGACCAAGGCGAGCCAAGCAUAUCUUGAUGGUGUGCAAACGGUUAGCCGAGGCAGAGGAUGGUCGGCAGGCUGGAGCCAUCCCCGAUACCGUCGAAGGUCUGCUGGAACUCCCGGGGGUCGGGCCGAAGAUGACGUAUCUCGUCAUGGACGUGGCCUGGGGACGGAACGAAGGGAUCUGCGUCGACACCCAUGUGCACAGGAUUAGCAACCGUCUUGGAUGGGUAGACACGUGGAACAGGAACAGACCCAAGGCCCAGAACCCGGAGAAAACCAGGAAACACCUGCAGGCGUGGUUACCUCGCGAGCACUGGUCGGAGGUCAACGAGUUAUUGGUGGGAUUCGGGCAGCAGGUCUGCUUCGCGACGAGCCCGUCGUGUUCUGCUUGUGGCAUCAGCGGCCUAUGUCCCUCGGCAGAUAGACAUGGCGACCUUGCUCUAUCGCCAAGCAAGUGACGUAUUGAGUAACGUAUGAGAGUACGUUAUCCGUUGCAGCUUUGAACUGCUUUGGCAUUGAGUCGUUAUGGCAGUACCGCGGAAAGGACUGCGGAGCACACCCUCGACCAAGCUGGGAACGCGGCGGCGUGAGCCAUGCUAGUUUUUGGUAACUAAUAAUUAGUUUUUUUAUUGUGCCUGUUUUCUGUUUGUUUCGCUUUGUUUGGCAGGACGAAUACCCUGAUGCUUUGAAUCGGUAGGCAUUACGGCGGGGUAUGCACAGUUUUGCAGCGUGUUUGAGGAUUCAGCUUAAGCAAAAGGCCUUUCUCGUCUACUAAUAGUCCUCGCCGAAGGACACAGAAAGAGUAAUGCAUGCCGCUUGGCGCCGCCGCCGUGGUACAGGCGUCACAACCGAACGAUGUUGCCGUUGAUGAUGUUGCGCACGUGCUACUCACGACAUGAUUUCCCCACACGUCUUGUUGUCGAUCGAUGAUUCAGGGCAUUUAACUGAUUGACUUUGCGGCAUUGUCGUGCGGUUAGACUACGGUAGUCUGUCUCAUGUCCAGGUCGAGCAAGAAAAACCAGAAUUCGGGCAGCAUGAGUACAGCAGUGUAGACCCAGAUGCGGUAGACUCGUGGAUAUGGCGGACACGUACGAGGAGGUGGAUUGACAGUACCAUCAUCGCAGGCGGAUGCAGUUUCGAACGGGUGGUGCGGCGCAUGAGCGGCAAAUGACAACGAUUGGGCGGCUCUUGGACCCUCGCCGGGUGUUGUUAGCCCACGGGUGGCCUCUGAGCGGUCCAUGGGCGGUCGAUGACCCAUGUUGACCCAAGAACGGCCCAUGAGCGGCUAUUUCGACCCUUGACGAGACUCAUGCCAACUGCUGUUGGGCCGACGUAUGGAUUGAUGGGCCAUUUUGGUACUUACUGACUGGAUCAAAAACCACCCGUUCAGGCGUCCAAGCGGGAGAUUAGCCCGGGCAGGUGGCAUGCAGUUGGGAUCUUCACGCAGAUACGGAACGAGAGACUGAGAGACAUGAGACCAGUUACAGUAGACCACAAGACCGGGCAGCCGGGUCGAAGGAUCGAAGAGAUCGGACCAUCGGGAGCUACAGCAGCAGAUGUUCUCCUUCGGCGGCUACCUCCGCAGUGCCAAUUCGUGUGCGGGCUAGCCGCGUAAUAAGUGUUACUGUCACUUCCUAUCGUUUCGGCGGCGCCGACUGCUUAGAGCUUCUUGUCGUUUUGUCGAUUCGGACGGUUGUCGUUGCCAACGGUGUUUUUCUUGCUUUUUCUUUUUUCUUUUUUCUGUUCCGACACCUGUUGUUUCGAUAUUUAAGGCGUUGACGCGGCUCUUGUCCUAUUGUGUUGUUGUUUUCUCUGUGUUCGUUCGUAGCCCCCGUAUUUUCCUUUUUCCCUAUCUACCUUUUCAAGGUUGGGUGAAACGAUGGUCUUGCGACUCAUCGUGCGAGAGGUGUGGGAGGGUGAGUCUUGGAAUUUUGGAGCUAGCUCCGCAUCCUUGAUCCUUGCAUUCUGGGAUUCGACAAAUACUGUAGUUGCCAUAUUCCGAGAUUUGAAGUGUAUCUGCGGGUUUAUUUGUGUAGAAGGACCUCCAGGGUGGGCUAAGAAGUGUUGCUGGGUUUGCAUUUAGCAAUUUUCAACGGUUUUGCGGAGUAAUUCCUGUGAGGAAAGUACGGGAAAUGGAUGCACCUCGUGAUAGAAGAUAAAAGAGAGCACAGGACCUUUGUGGUCCCGUUGAGAGGAUCACAUGUCCUCCCCCUCUGUGCGCAGUCUUCAAGCGCAGACCAACAGCAAGCACUGCUGUUUUAAGAGAUGACAUGAAUUAAUAAACGAUUCUUC